AUGUUCUAUUAUUUCUCAAUUUUUAAUAUUUUUAUUUUGGUUUUUAUUAAAAAAUAUGACGCACAAUUUACAUUAUCACGAACUCCAGGCUCUAAACCUUUACAUUUACGUAUUCAACUACCUCCUACCUCUUCAGACAGUAUAUCAUUUAUUGCCCUAUUUCCCAAUGAAAAUUGCUUAACUAACAACUUGAUUGAUAAUCGAAUUUUUCUCGAUUUUCAUGGAUGUCGUGUAAGUCUGGAUUGGUCUGAAACUCUGUUUGGAACCACCAAUUAUUUUAAAAGUUUGAGACGACAAAAAAGGAGAUGGCGUGUUGGACCUGUUCAAAAAUGUGAAUGUUUUUGUAUUUAA